GGAGGGGUUUAGUUAUUUCUUUAUAAGUGAGUCGAGUUCCAACCAGGUUUCAGUUUUUAUUAAUACAGUGAAGGUGAAACCUCAGUGAAGAGAUAAAGACUGCACAAAGGGAGGGCAUGAUGUCUCCAUCAAGGACUGAACUAGAGGAAGCCUUGUGUCGCUACAUGACGCACGCCCUCAUCUACAUCAACAUAGUGAGAGGAUUCUGUGAGGGGUUCUCUAUAUGGAAGGACUGGAGGGACGAGGAGGUCAACAUCAUAAAGGGCAUCAAAGACAGGGCUGACGAACUGAAAUUCAGUCAUGUUAGAGAGUCAGAAGACAAAGGCAAGGCCUUUCAGAAAUAUAUGAAGAGCAACUUGAGGCAUGUGUUUGCAGACAGGUGUGAAGAGUUGAGACAGGAGCUGGGUGGAGUGUUGAAGAACACCCUGAAAGGUCUGGAGAAGCUUGAUGGCUUCCUGGAUGCAGUGGAGAGGCUGGCUGUCACCUCACCACACAUCUUCAUGGAGAACCAGGUGUUACGCCUCCCUGAAGACUUCAGACAUGUUCAGGUUGUCAUCACUGCUGCGAGACGAGUCUGCCCUCGUCUGCUAGAGUUUAAAAGAGAUGCCAAAGACUUCUUCACUCCCAAACUUCAGAAUGUUGAAGUGUUGAUAUAUCAGCUGGACAAAUACGUGCAGACCACCCAGGAGAUCUGUGAGGAGUUGGAGAAAAGAUGCUUGAAGGUAUUUGGCCUGAAGCUGACCAACAAACCUGUGAUAGACAUGAAUGUGGAUUUGUCUGAAGAAGAGAUUCAGAGGAUGCUGCAUCACAUUAACCAUCUUCGUGAAAUCAGAGAAGACCAGAACUUCCGCACAGUCUUCUUGUUCCAGGACGUGUCUUGUUCUGAUUUCAUCCAUGAGUUCAACGAGCGACAGCCCAGGAUGCUGCAGUUUCUAGAGAAGCUGGAGGAAGCUGCUGUUCAGCUGGACAAAAUAAAAAAAGGGUCAAAGAUCUCCAGUGUGACAGGCAGCUCAGUGGGGGCAGUUGCAGGUGUGCUGUCCAUUGUUGGGUUUGCAUUAAUACCUGUCACAGCAGGAGUGUCUUCAGCUUUGAUUAUUUCUGGUCUGGCGUUGGGAGUCACCAGUGGAGUCAACAGUAUUGUCACCACCGCCACAGAAGGUGCAGUUAAUUAUAAACAACAAAAUAAAGCUGAUGAUGUCUAUCAGAGCUUCAUGGAAGAUGUGAAGUGUCUCCAAGAUUGUCUCGAGGAGGCAACCACGCAACCAAUCCCAAGUCUAGAAGCAAGUACAUUAGAUGGGGCCUUACCAGCAGUCAAGAUUGUUUUAAACGUUCCUAGUAUUGGAAAGGCUGUUGAUUCUAUUGUUGACGCUGCCUCUGCUGUUAAGCUGGUGGCCUUAGACAGAGCUCUCUUCAUCGGUGCGAAUGCUCUCUUCCUUGGCAUGGAUAUAUUCUUCAUAUGUAAAGACAGUGUCAGUCUGACCAAAGGCGCCAAGUCUGAAGUCUCACAAUUCAUCAGAGCCAGAGCUGAACUUUGGAGCUCUGAGAUGGACUCAUGGAAGAAGAUCCAUGAUUGUCUGAACAAAGGUCUGCAAACAUCAGAGGAAAAGUGUGCUGUCCUGGAGAAACCAUUUUAUCAUUUAGGAAAUUCACUGAAUCUGGUCACACCCAAACUAAAAUCAAAGAGAGUUGGUAAAGAUCAUUGACUGUUUAAAUAUGGAGGCAGAAGCACGUAGAGCUCCCCCUGGUGACUGGCUGCAGUAUAGGUCAUAAGCUCCACCCCUCCAUGUUAGUGGAUGGAAGUUAGGCCAAACUAUUAUUCUUUAAGGUUGAUUUCUGACAUUUUAGGUAUGGAUGAGUAUCGUGAAGGUUUUAUCUGAGGCCGAUACUGUGCCUGAACUGGUGUUUAAAAAAUACAAACUUUGCCCCAAAAUGGGGCUUUUUUAUUUUUAAAUCAUUUUGUGAGGUGCAAGUUGAAUAGAAUAUUGAUUUAAAUAACAUAAAUGUAACUAAAAAAAUAAAUGAACCAAUAAAAAAUAAAAUUCACGACAGACUGUUAUAAUGAUGUAAAAACAUAAUAAAAACAGUGGCGUGGGGUCUGUCAGGUUAUCAAAGAAAAAAAAGUCUAUGCGUAUCCAGGUAUUAACUCUCUUGCACAAUAUCUCCUUAGAGCGCUUGUUGCAGGUUACUUAUGAUGAGUCUGAGUCAAACCUUACCCCAGAUUUCCACCACAGCUCCACGGUCAGUCGUGACAAUUCAUGUAGGUAUUCUGGAGGUUCUUGCACAUUCAUUUCUUUCACUGAUUGAAGUUUUUAUUUAUUUAUUUUUUAAUUUCUGAAAUGUGUUAUAUUAAAUGUUGUGUUUUUUUUUUAAAUUCAUUUUUUAGGUCAAAUCAUGAUCUACAUACUUUUACUGAGCAGAGGAAUUGUGUUUCCAAAAUCAGCAUAAAAAACACAACUCACUUUACAGCUCAUUUAUGUCUGGAAAUUCAUUGUACAGAUCACUCAAUUAUAAAAGUAUAAUGAAAGAAAGAAUAAA